UCUGAUCAGUGUUUGCUUCCAUGUCUCAGGGCUGCUUCCACCUUAGGACUCCAAGGCCCAGAGACGGCUCUUCCUCGGGGAGUCAGGUGAGGUGUGACCCAGGAACAGGAAGCAUAUCCUCACCAAUGACAGCAUGACAGCAAGAGAGCACAGCCCUCGCCAUGGGGCCAGGGCCCGUGCGGUGCAGCGGGCUGCCACCGUCGAUGUGGCGGCUGACAUGGUGGGCCUCUCUCUGGCAGGAAAUAUCCAAGACCCGGACGAGCCCAUUUUAGAAUUCAGCUUAGCUUGUAGUGAGCUGCACACUCCAUCGCUAGACCGAAAACCAAAUAGUUUUGUGGCUGUGAGUGUCACCACCCCUCCGCAGGCGUUCUGGACGAAGCAUGCGCAGACGGAGAUCAUUGAGGGAACCAGCAACCCCAUCUUUCUAAGCAGCAUCGCCUUCUUCCAAGACUCCCUUAUCAAUCAGAUGACACAGGUCAAGCUGUCCGUGUACGAUGUCAAAGACAGAGCUCAGGGAACAAUGUAUUUGCUGGGCUCUGGAACAUUCGUUGUCAAAGAUCUGCUCCAGGACAGGCAUCACAGACUGCAUCUCACACUGAGGUCUGCAGAGAGUGACCGAGUGGGGAAUGUCACUGUGAUCGGCUGGCAGAUGGAGGAGAAGUCAGACCAGAGGCCCCCUGUGGCCCGCUCUCUGGACACCGUCAAUGGGAGGAUGGUUCUGCCUGUUGAUGAGAGCUUGACCGAGGCCUUGGGAAUCCGAUCCAAAUAUGCUUCUUUACGAAAAGACACCUUACUGAAAUCGGUGUUCGGUGGUGCCAUCUGCCGCAUGUACCGGUUCCCAACCACUGAUGGCAACCACCUACGGAUCCUGGAGCAGAUGGCGGAGAGCGUCCUCUCUCUGCAUGUGCCUCGGCAGUUUGUGAAGCUCCUGCUGGAGGAAGACGCAGCCAGAGUAUGUGAGCUGGAAGAGUUGGGGGAGUUGUCUCCUUGCUGGGAGAGCCUCCGGCGACAGAUUGUCACCCAGUAUCAGACUAUUAUCCUCACCUACCAGGAGAAUCUGACUGACCUCCAUCAGUACAAAGGUCCUUCGUUUAAAGCAAGCAGUUUGAAAGCAGAUAAAAAGUUAGAAUUUGUUCCCACAAACCUGCACAUACAAAGGAUGCGAGUUCAAGAUGACGGAGGCUCAGAUCAGAACUACGAUGUCGUCACUAUUGGAGCCCCAGCAGCACACUGCCAAGGUUUCAAGUCAGGAGGUCUUCGAAAAAAGCUGCACAAGUUUGAAGAGACCAAGAAACACAGUUUUGAGGAGUGUUGUACGCCGUCCAGCUGCCAGUCCAUAAUCUACAUACCCCAGGACGUCGUCCGCGCCAAGGAGAUCAUUGCCCAGAUCAACACCCUGAAAACCCAGGUUAGCUACUACGCAGAACGGCUCUCAAGGGCGGCGAAGGACAGGUCUGCCACUGGCCUUGAGAGGACACUCGCCAUCUUGGCAGACAAGACCAGGCAGUUGGUCACUGUCUGCGACUGUAAGCUGCUGGCCAACUCUAUCCAUGGGCUGAAUGCAGCACGGCCUGACUACAUCGCUUCCAAGGCCUCGCCUACCUCAACUGAGGAGGAGCAGGUGGUGCUUCGGAAUGACCAGGACACCCUCAUGGCCAGGUGGGCAGGGAGGAGCAGUCGGUCUUCCCUGCAGGUGGACUGGCACGAGGAGGAGUGGGAGAAAGUGUGGCUGAACGUGGACAAGAGCCUGGAGUGCAUCAUCCAGCGGGUGGACAAGCUGCUGCAGAAGGAACGCCUGCAUGGGGAGGGCUGUGAGGACGUGUUCCCCUGCCCAAGCACCUGCGCCAGCAAGAAAGGUAACCGGGACAGCCAAGCCUACUGGAUCAGACCGGAGGACCCCUUCUGUGACGCCCCCUCCUCCAUGCCCACUGCUGCAUGCCAUCCUCACCCAAACGCACAUUGCAGCCCCCCUCCUGAAGAGUCCAGUCCAGGUGAAUGGAGCGAGGCCCUUUACCCUCUGCUGACCACCCUCACAGACUGUGUGGCCAUGAUGAGUGACAAGGCCAAGAAGGCCAUGGUCUUCUUGCUCAUGCAGGACAGUGCCCCUACCAUUGCCUCAUACUUGAGCCUGCAGUACCGCCGUGACGUCGUCUUCUGCCAAACCCUGACAGCCCUCAUCUGCGGCUUCAUCAUCAAGCUGAGGAACUGCCUACACGAUGAUGGUUUCCUGCGGCAGCUCUAUACCAUCGGACUGCUGGCCCAGUUUGAGAGCCUGCUGAGCACCUACGGAGAGGAGUUGGCCAUGCUGGAGGACAUGAGCCUUGGAAUCAUGGACUUGAGGAACGUGACCUUCAAAGUCACUCAGGCCACUUCGAAUGCAUCCGCGGACAUGCUGCCAGUCAUCACAGGAAAUCGUGAUGGCUUUAAUGUGCGGAUCCCUCUGCCAGGCCCACUGUUUGACUCCCUGCCCCGAGAGAUCCAGAGUGGCAUGUUGCUGCGGGUGCAGCCAGUGCUCUUCAAUGUGGGCAUCAACGAGCAGCAGACUCUGGCUGAGAGGUUUGGUGAUACAUCCCUACAAGAAGUUAUCAACGUGGAGAGUCUGGUGCGGUUAAAUUCCUACUUUGAGCAGUUUAAGGAGGUUUUGCCGGAAGACUGUCUACCUCGGUCUCGGAGUCAGACCUGCCUGCCAGAGCUGCUGCGGUUUCUGGGACAGAACGUCCAUGCACGCAAGAAUAAGAAUGUGGACAUCCUCUGGCAAGCUGCUGAGGUCUGUCGCCGCCUCAACGGGGUCCGAUUCACCAGCUGCAAGAGUGCUAAGGACCGCACUGCCAUGUCAGUGACUCUGGAGCAGUGCCUAAUCCUGCAGCACGAGCACGGCAUGGCCCCGCAGGUCUUCACACAGGCCCUGGAGUGCAUGCGCAGCAUUGGAACACGGGAGGUAGUCACCCAGAAGAACUUGAGCGGCCUGGUGCCCAUCCGAGACUUAAGGCUAGACCCCAGCCUCCUGUGUUCUAUACCUUUAUUAGCGCUGAGCCCCAAUUUACUGAUUGUGUGGCUCUUUCUGAGCAUAGCAUACCUGUUGACUAAAUUGCGUUGCAAAUAAGUGUCAUUAUGAAAAAAAAUUAAUCAGUCACAAGACAGACAAAAGUGCCCGAAUAUGUCCAGCCACCGCGUACCAAACGGGACAGAAGGAAGGUGUUAAAGCGAGGUCUGCCAAGAAAUAUCUCAUGCCUUACAGUUUGAUGUUUUUGAUUCUUCUGAACUGUAAAUUCCUGCCAAAUUAUCUCACCGGGAGGACUUGUUUAUUUUGACUGUGUAGCGUCUUCAGUGCUUGUACCGUGCUCUUCUGGUGCCCUGCGAUUGCAUUACUUAGCUGGCCUGGAACUACCUGUACCAAAUAGCUUCCCUUCUGAUGUGUAACUCUUUAUUACCUGUACAUCUCAUGUGCCCUGUUCCAAGAGAAAGGGAUGCCGUCUGAGAAGAGUUUGUAUAUUUGAUACUAUUCCUUAAGUGUAUUGCUAACCGUCCUUGCCUUUUGGAGUGAUGGGAGAAAGAGCCAGUGUAUCUAUAAGCCCCUGCUUACCAGAGCCGUGUGUACUUGCUGCCGUCCUUCCAAGGGUAGUCCUGGGAGUGCAGUAGCAAACAGUUUGUAGAGUCACAGUUCCUCAAUUCCAGCUAUUUGCA